AUGGAAUCUCCGGUGCAGAUUUUUCGAGAGGAGGAAAUAGACCCUAAGAGACCUCCAAUGGGUUCAACAUGCUCUCCCAAUUGUAUGCCCAUGUGCACUUCCAGCUGCUUUGCCAACUCCAGUUUACUGCUAGGCUGGGAUGACUAUGAAAAUGUCAGCGACUAUCCUAUAUCCCCUACACAUGAGGGCAACCACACCACCAUUUCUCCCACAAUCUCUGUCAUCAUUACAGCAGUUUACUCCAUGGUUUUUGUUGUUGGCUUGGUGGGCAAUGCACUGGUGAUGUUUGUAAUUAUACGAUACACAAAAAUGAAGACUGCAACCAACAUUUAUAUAUUCAACUUAGCUUUGGCUGAUGCCCUAGUGACCACUACCAUGCCUUUCCAAAGCACAGAAUUUUUAAUGAGUUCUUGGCCUUUUGGAGAUAUUAUCUGUAAAAUAGUCAUGUCCAUUGACUACUAUAAUAUGUUUACCAGUAUAUUCACACUUACCAUGAUGAGUGUUGACCGAUACAUUGCAGUGUGCCACCCAGUAAAAGCCCUGGAUUUCCGGACACCACUGAAAGCUAAAUUCAUCAAUGUGUGUAUCUGGAUGCUUUCCUCCUCUGUUGGGAUAUCAGCCAUUGUACUAGGAGGCACUAAAAUAAGUGAUGGUGUCACAGAAUGUGCCCUGCAAUUUCCAUCUCCUUACUGGUAUUGGGACACAGUAAUGAAAAUUUGUGUUUUCAUCUUUGCAUUCGUCAUUCCUGUAUUUAUUAUAACAAUUUGCUACACUUUAAUGAUCCUACGACUGAAAAGUGUGCGUCUCCUAUCUGGAUCUCGUGAAAAAGACAGAAAUCUCCGACGCAUAACAAGAUUGGUGCUUGUUGUUGUUGCAGUGUUUAUUAUAUGCUGGACUCCCAUUCAUAUUUUUGUGCUCGUUGAGACCCUUGUGGAUGUCCCACAAGGCAUAGCAGUAAGCUCAAUCUACUAUUUUUGCAUUGCAUUGGGUUAUACUAAUAGCAGUUUAAAUCCAAUCUUGUAUGCAUUCUUGGAUGAAAAUUUUAAAAGGUGUUUCAAAGACUUCUGCUUUCCAUCAAAACUUCGCUUGGAUCGCCAAGGAAACAGUAAAGUUGGAAACACAGUACAUGAUCCGGCUUACAGAAGGGAAGGUGACCGAACUAACAAGCCAGUAUGA